AUGACCACACGGACCGUUCCCCAUGCCUACCCUAUGAGUUCGGAGUACGAGUUUGCCAGUCCCAGCAAGAUCUACGACCAGAACUUCGGGGAAGGUGUGUCCCCCUGUGAGAUUUUAGCCCCUGCCCUCUAUCAUGGCUACUACAUCCGGCCACGGAUCAACAAGCAGCUGGACCGAGGUACCUCCGAGAUCAGCCUCAACAACCACAAAUUCCAGGUGUUCCUGGACGUCUGCCACUUCUUGCCAGACGAGCUCACUGUCCGCACUGUGGACAACCUGCUGGAGGUGAUGGGGCAGCACCCACAGAAGUCUGACCGCCACGGCUUCAUCUCACGAGAGUUCACCAGGACCUACAUCCUCCCGCUGGAUGUCGACCCCUUGCUCGUGAGAGCCACCUUGUCUCACGACGGCAUCUUAAGCAUCGUGGCUCCCCGGACCGGGAAGGAGGUGCAGGCCAGAGUCAACGAGGUGAAGAUAACCCAGCAGAAGCAGCCAGAGGCAAAGGAAGUGCAGCCUGAGGAAGGGAAGGCGAAAGAGGAGUCCUAA